CUUCUCGGCCUGUCCGGUCAAGUACAGCACCCAGAAGACUCUGCUGGUUCGCAAUGUCGGUAACCGGGCAGCUCAUUACCAGCUGAGCACCCAGAGUCCUUUCUCCGUGGUUCCGACCACGGGAACUCUGGGCGCUGGCGACAGCAUGCGGGUGACAGUGGGAUUUCACCCGCUGACGACCGGUGACCAUUCCGGGUGGCUGUGCUGCAACACCGGUGAAGAAACUAUCCACACAGAGCUCCACGGAGAAGCUGGAGCUGUCCGUGUUGGGUUGAGCACAAAUUUCGUGGAGGUUGAGACGACUUUCAUCACCAUGUCCAACCACGCAACCAUGUUCAUUAAAAACAGGAGUAACGUCACGGCUCACUUCCAGUGGAAGGCUUUUCCUACUGAGGAAGAAGAGAAUAGAGAGAAGAGGAGGCAGUGUCGUUUUCUUCAGCCAUGGACAGAGAUGUGGCCGGAAGAUUUGACGGAGGAGGAAAAAACAGAGAAGGAGAAGGGCUCUUGUGAAGAUUACACUGCCCUCCCGAGCAACACGGUCCCGGAGGAGAUAGCAAAGGUGCAAGAAGACCCCAUGCUGUUCUCCGAUGACAUUUUUUCCAUUGAGCCAGUGGAGGGAGUAAUUGGGCCGAAUUGUUCGGCUAAAAUCAAGGUGACCUUCAAACCCCUAGAGGAACUGGAGUACCAAAGUGUGGCUUACUGCAGCAUCUCAGGCUGCGAGAGCAGGCUGCCCCUGUGCCUCACAGGGGAAGGCCACGGACCUUUGGUUGAACUCAGCUGUCGUGCACUGAACUUUGGCAACGUUCCUGUCAACACCCCCCACGUUUAUGAGGUGAAGCUGAUUAACCAAGGAGCUAUUGAUGCUCCCUUCACCUAUAUCCGUUCAACUGCAAACGUGGGCUUCUGCUUCAAGUUUGCACCCGAGGAGGGCAUCAUUGCACCAGGUGGGACCCAGACGAUCCAGGUCUCCUUCAGUGCCACCGUGCAGGGGAGGUUUGAGGAAGAAUUCCAGUUCAGUGUGGCUGGAUCUCCUACGUCUGCAAUCCUGACUAUCAUGGGGUGUGUCACCGGACUGAGUUCACACUUUGACCUCAAUAAGCUCGACUUCAAGGACAUCUCCUCUGGCUCUCGCAACACCAAGACCCGUUGCCUCACUCACACCUCCUCGGUGUCCCGUAUCGCCCUUUGGGGAGAAGCCCACUUCCCAAAUCUCCAAAUCCAGCCCAGCAGGCUGGAGUUCGUGGGUGGCACUGAAGGAGUGCGCUCUCUGGAGAUGACCAACUGCAGCUCUCUUCCCGUCAAGUACCGCUGGUCAUUCCGCUCGGAGGACAAGCUGGGAUAUGAGCCUUACCCACUUAAAUUCAAACCCCAACCACCAAAGGAGCAGAGAACCUGUUUGGAUUCCUCGGCAUAUAAAAGGAGGUUCCUGAUUAGAAAGGAGGAGGCAGGCAAAGCCCUGAAAGAAGUGCAGGACUUUGCCCAGUCUUUAGGAGCAGAGGCUUUCAGCAUCCUGCCGCUGUCAGGCGUGCUGCAGCCAGGACAGAGCCAGCAGGUCUCCUUCACCUUCUCUGGCCACCGGGACGUCCUCGGCGGUGUGAAGGCGCUGUGCCGCGUGGAGGGAGGCCCCACCUACGAGGUGGAGCUGAUCACCUCAUGCGUCAGCUACUCCCUGAGCCUCUGGGAGAUCGACUGUGGCUCUCAGAUGUUUAAUGAAAUUGGUCACAGCACGGUCACCCUGGAGAACACUGGCAGGAUUGAAUUCAGCUGGGUGCUAAAGCCUAGCACUGCCGACCAGCAUCUGCCUGGCGUGUUUCUGGUCAACCCCACCACUGGCUCCAUGGCACCUGGCGAGAAGCAAGCGCUGAAAUUCUCUUACAUGCCAGGAUUACCAGGAGCUUUCAGCAGGAUUUACCAGCUGAAAGUGGGUGACCUGGAGCCGAAAAAUAUCCUCCUGAAAGGAGAAGCGUCCUUUCCCGUGAUCACCGUGAACCUGCCCUGGAACACCAAAGAAAAUGAAAAAUAUGAGCAGCCACUGAAACAGCAUGUAAAACACCUGCAACAGUACAGCCAGAGGAAUAAAUCAGAAAUUGUUCAGAAGACUCAGAGCCUGAAGACUGACACCUUGAAGUCUCAGACCCUGAAAACUCAGACUCCAAAGACUCAGACCUCGGAGACUCGGGAUCCAAAGACUCAGGACCUGAAGCCCCGCGUGCCUGGCUCUGGCAUUGUACUUCCUGGCUAG